AUGGCCAGUAAGAAAUACCUCGAAAGAGCACAAGAGUUGAUCAACACUCAUCCAUACCUUAUGCUUUCCAAGUCAUGGUGUCCUGAUUGUCAUUAUACUUAUAGAAUUUGGGAUAGGUAUCACGUCGCUGACAAAGUCCACAUUAUUGAAUUGGACAAGUUUGCUGAUCAAAAUGAAGCCACCGAAUUAGAAAAGGCAUUCACUGAAAUAUCUGGUAGAAAAUGGGUGCCUACUAUAUUCUUCAAUGGUAAGAGAUUAGGUACCGAAGCUGAUUUGAAGAAAUGGGAUAGCGAAGAUAAAUUGGAUGAAAUUUUCAAGAAUGAAAAAUUGAUUUAA